UCAAAUUUCAUUGUUCAUACAUUUUCAUACCAAUUGCAUUCCAUUCCAGUGCUUUCCUUCUUAAUCUUCUAUUAAAAUACAUUCUAUGCUUUGACCAUCGUUAUAUACUACUUAUAUGAAUAUAAGUAACCCACAUCACAGUAUGAUCUUCUUAUUUCAAUUAAAAUAUAAUUUUUAAAUAGAUUUUCGACAUAUUUUAUAAACUAUCAAACAAAUUCAUAACCUACUUACUCAUUAAGGCAACUUUUAACCGACAUAUUUAGGUGUAUUCACAGCAUAGUUUAUAUAUUCAUGUAUUGUGGUAUGCAUAUAACUCUAACAAAAUAUCUAAUUGGUUUUAUCAUAACGAAUGGUUCUACUUUCAGAAGAAUCUAUGGGGUAGUUUUUUUUAAAAAAAGAUGAACAAACAAACAAACAAACAACAUACACUAAGAUAAUGAAGAUCAUUCUAUUGAAUAGUUGGAUUCAUUCAAGAAACAAUAUAAUGGAAUCAAACGUUGUGGAUUUAGAUGGUACUAAUGAAUGUAAUAAUAUAAGUAAACGAAUUAAAAUUAUUUUGGUGGGUAAUUCAAAUGUUGUUGGUACUGAUUUAAAAUUAUAUGAAAUGAGAUUGAAUGGUGAAUUAAUUAAACUUUAUAUUUGGGAUACAGCUGGUACAGAAAGAUUUAAAAAUCAUAUGUCUCCAUCAUAUUUUCGUCAUGCACAAGGUGCUUUAGUAGUUUAUGAUGUUGGUUGUCAAAAAAGUUUUGAAGAAUUAAAUACAUGGAUUAAAAUGAUUGAACAAUAUUCUGGUAGUAGAUUAGUCAAAGUGAUUAUUGGUAAUAAAAAUGAUUUACCAGCACGUGCUGUAUCUAUACAAAAAGCUGAAGAAUAUGCUAAAAGUAUUAAUUGUGCAUAUUUGGAAACGAGUGCUAAAACUGGUAUGCAUGUUAGACAAGCAUUCAUUACAUUAGCACACUUGAUUAUCGAAAAAAAUUCCAAUCAAUUAAAUGUUAAAGAGAAUAAUGUUGUUUUACGUGAAAAACCAACAAAACAUAAAGUUCACUGUUGUCAUCAUUAAAUUAAUUAUUUUGAUAUCAAAGC